AUGAGUACUUUGUCAAAGAUUUAUUUGUCGAAACAUCUUGUAUAUUUGAAGAAGCGUGCGAUUACUUUAACGAAAUUAAAGCCUCCGCCGGUCGCGCAGUCGUCGUUUGACGAAAGUCAUAUUGCUAAUUCGCAAAACGUCGUGAACUCAAUUAAAUUACCGCAAAUUACAAUGCCAACCUUCACAGGAGACUUUCAUGAGUGGGAGAAUUAUCGCGACUUAUUUCUGGCAUUGGUAGAUCAGAACGGUGCACUAACAGGGGUGCAGAGACUUCAUUAUCUAAAAUCCAGUCUUUCGGGCGAAGCCGCCUUAAUUCUGAAGAAUAUCGCGGUAACAGAGUCAAAUUACACCAUAGCAUGGGAGCUCCUGAGAAAAAGGUACGAUAACACGCGUCUAAUAGUCUACUCACAUCUGCGAACGCUUACAGAAAUACCCAAUAUAAACCGCCCAUCUGCCAAGGAAUUGUGCAACCUGCGAGACAAGGCGAACGAUGUUCGUCAAGUAUUAAUUAAUUUGGGGAGACCGGUAGCAAGCUGGGAUGAUCUUUUCAAUUUUCUGAUAAUCUUAAAACUGGACCGCGCAUCCUUGAAUGAUUGGGAGCUUAAAUUAGGGGGCAGCACCGCGCUGCCAUCGUUCGCAGAAUUGGACGAAUUCAUAACCUGUCGGAUACGCGCGGCUGAUGCGGUCGAGUCGAGCAAACAGUCGGCGCAGGUUGACGAGUCAAAGAUUAAAAGGCGAAGUUCAGACAAACGCACGUCUAUAGUGUCACAUCAGACUGACUCUAGUGCUAUUAAGUGUGCAUUCUGCAAAGCAAGCCACGCCUUAGCAACUUGUAAUAAAUUUAAGCAGAAGCACGUCAAUGAACGGCGGGCUUUUCUUUUCGAGAAUCAUUUAUGUAUUCGCUGUCUCAAACCGGGGCAUGGUACGGCAAAAUGCCUCUCGAAAUCAGCCUGCGUCGCCUGUCACGGUAAACAUCACACGUUGGUGCACUUUAAAAACGUCGACUUCAAUGUCAGCAGCAGUCGAGCUGCUGAAACUCAGCAGAAGGCAGCAGAGAUUGAUUUACCCUCCACUGCUCAACAGGAUGAGAAGGAGCAAUCAUCCACGUGUCAUAUAGCUUACUCUUGCAUUAAUAAAGCACUGCUGCCUUCCGCGUGUGUUAAAAUUAUCGCGGAUAACGGCAGAACUAUUCUCGUGCGCGCACUGCUGGAUCAGGGUUCGCAGGUCACGUGCGUCACCGAACGCAUAGCAGAUCACCUCAAAGCCAAAAAAUUACCUGUCGCGGUAAAUCUCUCCGGAAUAGGGGGGGUCCGCACGGGAAGGGUAAAGCAUGCGGUCGAACUAAAGAUGUCCUCUUGUAACCUAAAAAAUAGGGAAGAAGCCAAAAUUAGAUUCUCGGCUCUGGUAUUAAAGAGUCUAACCUCUUACACCCCGAGUUCUUUCAAUUUCGAUUCAAAAUGGAAGCACUUAGUCGACUUACCUCUUGCUGAUCCACAGCCCAGUAACUUCCAAGGGUUUGACUUACUAAUCGGGGCUAACGAAUACGGCAAAAUCAUGCUGGAUGGGGUGGUAAAAGGACCACCCGGUACCCCGAUCGCGCAGCGUACCGUGUUUGGCUGGGUCCUGUCAGGAUCGUGUGGGCCAACACACGGAAGCGUGCGAUCGGGGCUGCAAGUCCAUCACGUCGAGUUACUCGACGAUCUGCAUAAAAAUCUGAAAAAAUUCUGGGAAUUAGAGGAGACUCCAAAGGGGUUAGGAUUAUCUCGCGAUCAAUUAGACUGUGAAAACCAUUUCAAAGAAACUCACCGCCGCCGUACCGAUGGACGUUAUGAGGUUAGGUUGCCGUUCGCAAAAAACCCCAAGCUCACGGUUGGGGACACUGCAAAUAUUGCAAGGAAAAUUUUUCAGUCAACCGAAUUGCGAGUAAGGAAGAAUCCCGAGGUGUAUAGGGAAUAUCAAACCUUUUUGCAAGAAUAUCUUGAUUUAGGUCACAUGAGUCGAAUCAGGGAAACCGAAUCUUUAAACGAUAAAGUUUUUAUUUCGCACUUAUCUGUAUUGCGUCAGGAAAGCCAGACCACGAAAUUGUGCGUAGUCUUCAAUGCUUCAAUGAGCUCCUCUAACGGCAAAUCAUUGAAUGACUGCCUCCACGUAGGGCUCAAUUUGCAAGCAAAUCUGUUUGCGAUACUGAUUAGGUGGCGUUGGCACCGCUUCGUAUACACGGCGGACAUUGCGCAAAUGUUCCGCCAAAUACGCGUAGCACCCGAAGACACUAAAUAUCAGUGUAUCUUCUGGCGUUCUUCAGAAAACUCCCCGCUAGCAGCUUAUCGUUUGGAAACCGUCACAUACGGCACGGCAUGUGCACCCUUUCAUGCCAAUCGCGUCUUAAAACAACUCGCGAAAGACGAAGGCGAAAAGUAUCCGUUAGGAGCAGCCAUCUUGUUAGACGAAUUCUACGUAGACGAUGCUAUGUUCGGUGCAGACGAUCCGUCGCUCUUAGUGCACAUGCGCGAUGAGCUGAACCGAUUGCUCAUGGCGGGCGGGUUUAAAUUGAGAAAAUGGAUAAGCAACUCUUCGUCUCUUCUCCAAGAUAUCCCAUCAGAGGAUCAUGGGUUAGUGGUUAACAGAACCUUGCAGGAUGACGAAAGGGUAAAGGUGUUAGGAAUUCAGUGGAACCCUUCCUCCGAUGUCUUUCAUUUUCACACAAAUACUCCCGAAUUCAAGAAAUACACGAAGCGGGCAUUCUUAUCGCUAUUGGCAAAAACAUACGAUCCGUUAGGUUGGAUAGCACCCUUUAUUGUUCAAGGAAAAAUAAUCUUACAAAAGUUGUAG